AUGGAGUUCCUAGACGCCAACCAGAGGAUCAAGGUUCUAUAUGGCUCAGAGCUGGCUAGCUAUCUUUCCUUUUAUCCCAGCGUUGCGCUGGUGACAUGCAACGAUGUGACUGAACUGGGUGUGGACUGUGAGAACGAGAUCGACGGUGUUAUCGCGUGCAACACAUCGUCAGAUGACCCGAUAGCGGAACUGUGGAAAUUAUAUCUUACUACAGAGCUGCCAGAAGUAAGUGCGUCGGUCUCCGAAGAGCGGCUCAAUGAUGCUUGCCGAAUCUUGGCGAAACUUGAGCCCCGCGAGAGUCGCAUGAGAAAGACUCUGAAGACGGCCAAAAGAAUAGCCCUGGCAGAGACGAGCGCCCUUGGGUUGGGUCACGUACUUGCUGUGAUUCGGUCUUCCUUGACUUCAGCCAGACUUGAGGAGGUCAAGGAUAUCCUGGCAACCGUUGAUGAACUUGAGCCGAUCGAACAGUAUAAUUGA